AUGGAUAUUUCUUUCGCACUUACGGGGAAGGGAUACGUGCUCGUCGCAGCGGACACAACUGCUGCACGGUCUAUCGUCAAGAUGAAGUCAGACGAGGACAAGAUCAAGGCCCUCAGCCCGCACCUGCUGAUGGCUUUCUCCGGCGAACCAGGCGACACGGUCAACUUUGCCGAGUAUGUCGAGCGCAACCUCAGACUCUACCAUAUCCGCCACACGCACGCGCUCCGACCUGCGUCUGCUGCAUCAUGGAUCCGCCGCUCGCUCGCCGAGUCCUUGCGCUCACGUAGCCCGUAUUCCGUCAACCUGCUUCUCGGAGGCUACGAUACCGCGACACACACACCGGAGCUGUACUGGGUGGACUACCUGGGUACAUUGACGAGCGUGCCCUUCGGUGCACACGGGUACGGCGGCUACUUCGCUCUCAGUUUGCUCGACAGAUACCACGACCCAGAAGCAAGUCUCGAAGAAGGUCUGGCCACUCUCCAGAGAUGCAUCGACGAGGUGUCGAAACGUCUGGUCGUGUCGCCCGGAAAGUACAAAGUGAAGGUGGUAGACAAGGAUGGCGUGCGGGAGAUUGAGCUCUAA